UUUUCAGGAAAUUGUUUCCAACUGUUCUGCAUGCCAGAGAGGAGGAUGGAUGCGACUCAGCAGAUUGAGGAUUCAUACUCUGAAGAAGAAGAGGAGGAGAAGAAAGUGGGAACAGAAAGAGAACAGGUGGCAACAUUGAAUGUUUUUAAAAACGACCACAUCCCAGAGACAGAAUUCCCUCUCUACCUCGGAGAGAAUGUCUUGGGUCGGGAUCCUGUUGCCUGUUCUGUUUUGCUUCCGGCACGAUCUGUGUCCAGUCGACAUGCUGUCAUCUCCAUCUCUGUAUUCCACUCUAGUAACAGUCUUUCCGAUGACACUGAUGCCAUAGAGGCACUGUUGUGGGACAUGGGCAGUUUGAAUGGAACCAGAAAAGGCAGAUUCAAGCUGACGCCUCAUGUACGAUACGCUUUGGCUGAGGGAGACAGUGUGGUACUUGCUGACAUACCUUGCCAAUAUAUCAGCCUAAUCACUUCAAAGAGAGAUUCACGCAUAAUUCCAGAGGGUGUAGGAGCAUCAAAGCAAGAAAAAAAGGGAAGCCCAGCACUGCCCAGCAGUGAAUCAGUGUCAAAGUUGAGUAAAGGAAUGCGGAAUAGGUUGAAUGAGAAAGGGAGGAAUGUCUUGCCUCCUGUGCCUUUAUGGAGUGUUGAUGAUGAACAACUCAAGAGUGCAGACAGUAUGCAUUCACCGGAGCCAACUCGGAAACAGCCUGAGAUUACCCUGGUACCUGAAUCUGACUCCGGCUCAGAUGGAGAAAGUGAUACAGAUGGGAAAAAGGAUUUGGUUUCAGAUUCCGCAUCCUCCUCUCAUCUGUGUAGUCCCACAAAUUCAACAUUCCUGACCCCUGCAAGAAAUGUCAUUCCAGAGAGCGAGGAUGAAAGUUCCAUCACUCCUUCUUCGGCUGCAAUGGACCGAUUCAGAAUGAUAGAAAGAUCCAGUGAACCCUGUUCAAGCUCAUCUACGCCUGGCGUAAUAGCCCUAAACUUGGACAGUGAUACUGAUGUUGAGGAGACAGAAAAAAGCAAAACUAAACCAGAGGCUCAGAUUGAAGUUGCUCCAAAAGUGAAACCAGUAUCUUCAGCUGACCUUCAUAUGGACCUUGAUACUGAUGUUGAGGAAGAGGAGAAAGAGAAAAGCACAACAAAUGUGGAACCAGUAUCAUCAGCUGGUCUUCAUAUGGACAGUGAUACUGAUGUUGAGGAAGAGGAAGAGGAGAAAGAGAAAAGCAAGACUGAACCUGAAGCUCAGAAUGAUGUAGCUUUAAAGGUGGAAUCAGUAACUUCAGCUGAUAUUCAUAUGGACAGUGAUACUGAUGUUGAGGAUGAAGAGAAAGAGAAAAGCACAACAAAUGUGGAACCAGUAUCAUCAGCUGGUCUUCAUAUGGACAGUCAUACUGAUGUUGAGGAAGAAGAGAAAGAGAAAAGCAAGACUGAACAUGAAGAUCAGAAUGAUGGAACUUCAAAGGUUGAAUCAGUAACUUCAACUGAUCUUCAUAUGGACAGUGAUACUGAUGUUGAGGAAGAGGAGAAAGAGAAAAGCACAACAAAUGUGGAACCAGUAUCAUCAGCUGGUCUUCAUAUGGACAGUCAUACUGAUGUUGAGGAAGAAGAGAAAGAGAAAAGCAAGACUGAACAUGAAGAUCAGAAUGAUGGAACUUCAAAGGUUGAAUCAGUAACUUCAACUGAUCUUCAUAUGGACAGUGAUACUGAUGUUGAGGAAGAGGAGAAAGAGAAAAGCACAACAAAUGUGGAACCAGUAUCAUCAGCUGGUCUUCAUAUGGACAGUCAUACUGAUGUUGAGGAAGAAGAGAAAGAGAAAAGCAAGACUGAACAUGAAGAUCAGAAUGAUGGAACUUCAAAGGUUGAAUCAGUAACUUCAACUGAUCUUCAUAUGGACAGUGAUACUGAUGUUGAGGAAGAGGAGAAAGAGAAAAGCACAACAAAUGUGGAACCAGUAUCAUCAGCUGGUCUUCAUAUGGACAGUCAUACUGAUGUUGAGGAAGAAGAGAAAGAGAAAAGCAAGACUGAACAUGAAGAUCAGAAUGAUGGAACUUCAAAGGUUGAAUCAGUAACUUCAACUGAUCUUCAUAUGGACAGUGAUACUGAUGUUGAGGAAGAGGAGAAAGAGAAAAGCACAACAAAUGUGGAACCAGUAUCAUCAGCUGGUCUUCAUAUGGACAGUCAUACUGAUGUUGAGGAAGAAGAGAAAGAGAAAAGCAAGACUGAACAUGAAGAUCAGAAUGAUGGAACUUCAAAGGUUGAAUCAGUAACUUCAACUGAUCUUCAUAUGGACAGUGAUACUGAUGUUGAGGAAGAGGAGAAAGAGAAAAGCACAACAAAUGUGGAACCAGUAUCAUCAGCUGGUCUUCAUAUGGACAGUCAUACUGAUGUUGAGGAAGAAGAGAAAGAGAAAAGCAAGACUGAACAUGAAGAUCAGAAUGAUGGAACUUCAAAGGUUGAAUCAGUAACUUCAACUGAUCUUCAUAUGGACAGUGAUACUGAUGUUGAAGAAGAGGAGACAGAGAAAAGUAAGGCUGAACCAAAUGUUCAGAUGGAAGUAUCUUCAAAGGUGGAACCUUCAACUGAUUUUCAUUUGGACAGUGAUAAUGAUGUUGAGGACGAUGAGACUCCCAUAGCUAAAAAUGUUCAUGAAAAGAAGACAGAACCUCCCAGAGUUUUAGCUGUUCCAGUAAAUCCUCCAUCAGCCCCCACUCUAGCAGAAAUCCACUUGGACAGUGACAAUGAUGUAGAAGAUGAUAAUCUCAUGGACGUUCCCAUAGUGACAGAGGUUUCACAUACGGUCAGUGAGGAAAGUGACAUUAGACCUUCAGCAGUUCCAGGAACAAAGUUCCAUAUGAACAGUGACACAGACAUAGAUGAAGAAGCUGAGGACGAGGAAAAGACAGAGACCAGACACCUUCAGUCAAACAGUGAAACAGAUGAUGAGGAUCCUUUUAAACCUUUACCAGUCAAAACUUUGGAGGCUGCAGAGAGUCAGAAUGCUUCUAUGUGUAACAAAGUGGAGCAAUCAGAAGAGAGCACCCAUAAAAAACAAAACUUUCCUUCCCAAGCACAGAGUAGAUUUGAGGAACCCACCCAAGCUUUUGAGCACUCAGAAGAUGAUUGGGAUCUACAGCCCACACAGGCAUACGGAGUUACUGGAGCCAGUGCUGGGCUCAGGCCAAAACAACUUGAUCUUGACGCUACUCAGGCAUACGAAAUGGAGAUAGACAGAGAAAAAGAGGAGGAGGAUCUUCUGAGUCAUACCUAUCCCUACUCCAACCUUUCCACUGCCAAAAUACUGCUCAUCCCUAUAGCAAAGGGUGAGAAAGAUGAUGAUCAUGACGACGAAGAAAUGCUUGAUGACUCUCACCUAUCCAGAGCAGAUACUCUGAUAAUCGCCAGCACCCCUAGACGAGAGGAGCAGACGCAGCCUUUUGCACUUUUCAGUGCCCCAACGCAACUCAUAUGGGAGGGAGAGGAGAAAGAGGCAGAUCAGAGUGAGCCCACCCAGCUUGUGGAGUCCGAUACUACCAAUGAAACGCAGUCUGCUCAAGAGGGUGAGGAGGAGGGGAACAUGAAAUGGGCUAGAAGGAAACCCCAUAGUAGAGGAAAAAUGCAGAAAGAUAAAAAUGACUCCAGCUCCCAUCUUUUCAUUGCAGAAACACAGCCUAUGUGUGAGGAAGAAGAGGCACCUUAUAAAAAUGAAUCUAUACACCUUAUGGAAAAACCCUCCAGCUCCCAUGUCACUAUUGCUGAAACACAGUCUAUGAGUGAGGAAGAAGAGGUACCUUAUGAAAAUGAAUCUAUACACCUUAUGGAAAAACCCUCCAGCUCCCAUGUCACUAUUGCUGAAACACAGUCUAUGAGUGAGGAAGAAGAGGUACCUUAUGAAAAUGAAUCUAUACACCUUAUGGAAAAACCCUCCAGCUCCCAUGUCACUAUUGCUGAAACACAGCCUGUGUUUGAGGAAGAAGAGGUACUAGAUGAAGAUCUAGACAAUGUGGUCAGCAAAAGGAGACAAAUAGGUGAAAAUGAAUGCAUAAAGCAUACUGAAAAACCCACCAGCUCCAGUUUUACUAUCGCUGAAACACAAUCUAUGUGUGAGGAACAAGAAGAACUUGGUGGCAGAGGACAACAGGUGGAGGAAUAUAAAUCCACAGAGGUUGCUGUUAAAGACUCUGUUGUUGUAACGCAGCCAAAGUGUGAAUAUGAAGAGGCACCAACAGAAGAUCUGAACAAUGUGAUCAGCAGCGGGCAGAUAGAUGAAGACAAAUCCAAACAACUCCAAAAACCCUCCAGCUCUCAUGUCAUCAUAACGGAAACACAGCCAAUGCAUGAGGAAGAUGAGGGACAGGAGAAAGAACUCAGUAACAAGAUGUUGUCUAGAAGAUCACGCAGAGGAAGACCAAAAAAAGAGGAGGGCAUCCCUCAUCAUUUAACAGAAAAACAGCCAGUUUGUAAGGAAGAAAAAGGAAGGGAUGAAGAUCUGAACAGUGGAUUCAAUACCAGGAGAUCCCUUAGGGGAAGACCAAUAAAAGAGGACGAGGUCACACAAACUGCUGGAUCUGCAGUCAAAUCCCUUCCCACUAUCACAGAAACAGAACCUGUUUGUGAGGGAGAAAAUGAAAGGGAUGAAGUUCUGAACAGUGGAGUCAGAUCCAAGAGAUUCUGCAGGGGAAGACAAAAAAAUGAAGGUGAACCUGCACAGUCUGUCGAACCAAACUCCUAUCACAACACUGCUGAAACACAGCCCAUGUGUGAGGAAAAUGCCCAAGAAGAACCUGCAAACACCGACAGCUCAUGUCAGAGAAGACAGACUAGUGGUCGAAGACAGAGGAAAGAAAAGGCAGAGGAGGACGGUGAGACGGCAGCAUCUAGUAAAGGCAGAGGAAAAGGUAGAAAAGGGCAGGAAGGAAAAAGGAAGAGAGAAAAAGAAUUGUCUGAGGAAGAGGAAGAGAGUGAGGAGGAAAAAGCAACAAUGAGGAGGGCAACAAGAAGGACUGGUUUGAAAAAGAAAUGUAGUGAAAAGGAAGAAGAGGAAGGAUUUGAGGAAAACAUAGUGCAGAAUGCCCAAAAAGAGAGAGAGCAGCAAGAACAGGAGGAGAGAGCAAGGUCAGAAAGAGAAGAAAACGAGAGACUGGAGUGUGAGAGAAAGGAAAAAGAAGAAUGGGAAGAGCGAGGAAGAGCUGAAAAAGAAAUGAGACAAAAGGAAGUAGAGGAGCUAGAGUGGUUAAAACGGGAAGAAGAGAAAAAAAUCGGAGAGGAAAAUGAGAGAAAAGAGAGGGUAAAGAGUGAAAAAGAGGAAAAAGAACUGUUCGAAAGAGAGUUAAAGGAAAAAUUAGAGAGGGAGAGGAGAGAAACAGAAGAGGAGGAAAGAACCAGGAAAGAGAAAGAAGAAAAUGAUAGAAUAGAGAGGUUAAAGAGGGAAAAAGAGGAAAAAGAUUGUUUUGAAGAGGAAGAAAGGCAAAAGCUUAAAAAGGAAGAGGAGGAAAAACUUGAGAGAGAGAGGAGGGAGAAGGAACAAAACGAUAAGAUGGAAAAGGAGAAGGAGUGUUUACAAAGUUUAGAGGCGGAGAGAGAACAAUUGGAAAAAGAGAGACAAGAAAACAAGAAGCUUGAGAUGGAAACAAAAACACAGCAGAAAAGAAAACAAAAAGAGACAGAUAAGAACCAUUCAGAGAAUGAAAAAUUGGAGGAAAAGACAGAACUAGAGGUACCCAGUGAUAGAGCUCAAAGCAGACGGACACGUCGCCAUUCAUGCUCCUCAAUGAACUCAGAGCAGUCUGUAUCCUCACAACAGGAGCAGUCCAGCCAGAGGGGCCGAGGGAGGGGCAGGGGGCGGGGCAGAGGAAGACAGAUAGCUAAAGAGCAGCCAAUCAGUGGCAGACAGUCUGGCAGGAGUAAAACCAUCGCAGGUCCUGCAAGUGAAGUUAAGGACACAGUGCAGGACUCCAAUUCUGUACCUCAGUCCCGAUCUCGUUCCAGUUCAGGAAGUUCUGAAAGAUCCUCUAAUAGCUUGGGAACUCAGAACCAAGGAAUGAGGGGAAGAGGAAGAGGUAGGAAAAGUGUGAAAUUACCAGAACCAGUGGAGGAAGUUUCCCUAGCCAAAAGUUCAGGAAAAGUAAGGGGGAAAGGAAGCAGGCCUUCUGGUGCAGAGAAUAUCAAAAUAGGCCUUAGCAAAGAGUGUGUACAAGAUGCAGAGGCAGUAGAGGAAGAGCCUGCUGUACACCAAACCAACAGCAGAGGUCGUAAGAGAGCAGCCAACACAAGCACAUCCACAGAAGAGACGCCUCCACCCACACCCAAGACACCACGACGCUCCAUUGCCAGUCAGAUGCACAAGGUGUUAUUUACUGGGUUGACUGAUGAGGAAGGAGAAAAAGUAGUUGCCCGGUUGGGUGGGAGCCUGGCGAAGGGGGUUAACGAUAUGACUCACCUGGUGACUGAUAAGGCAAGACGCACUGUUAAGUUUUUGUGUGCUGUUGCCAGAGGAGUGCCUAUUGUGACUCCUGACUGGCUAAAAAAGUGUGGCAAAGCCGGCCAUUUCCUCUCUGCUAAUGAAUAUUUAUUGAAGGAUGUUGAGCAGGAGAAGAAGUUUAGGUUUAGCCUACAGAAGGCACUCCAAACAGCUCAAUGCCAGCCUCUUUUAAAGGGUUAUGAGAUUCAUGUGACACCAUCUGUAAUGCCAGAACCAUCACAAAUGAAAGAAAUCAUCACCUGUUGUGGAGCACGUUUCCUUCCCAAAAUGCCCUCUGGUCAUAAGGAACACACUGUGGUGGUGUCAUGUGAGCAGGAUAGGGUGCUUUGUGAGAAGGCAGUGAGUGUGUCAUUGCCCGUGGUCAGCACAGAGUUUCUAUUGACUGGCAUUCUGCAGCAGAGAGUUGACCUGCAGGUCUAUUCUCUCACUUCCUCUCUCAGCACGCCUAAUCAGCCUACAGCCCCCAAAGCUUCAGCCAGGGGCCGUAGGAAGUAGUGACAAUGACAUACAACAAGACUUUCCAUGUAUUAAAUUUGUGCUAGUCUUGUACAGUAUCUGAUUCGUUAGACUGCUUAAGAAGAUUAAUACGAGAAUGAAUAAAAUGCCAGUUUUAAAAAGACAGUAAUUAAUUAGAUUAGAUGUGAAAUGCUGCUACAGUUGUAACCACACACGCACUGAUAUCUGUGAAUGUGAGAGCUCAAGAAGAGAGUGUGAGAGGUGGUUGUCAAUGCAUAGGUGUGUUAGUAAAGGAAGAAUGAGCUAUCCUGCUUUUAUUAUAUUACAUCAAUAAACUCUUUCUGAGACAGA